ACAUAGACGCUAGCGCCACGCACAAUUGCAACAAAGCAGUUCUUUAGAACGAUAGCCGUGAAUGAGAGAAAAAUAAUCACUCGUGAGAUGUCAUCGAGCAGUGACGUACGUCGCUUUUAAAACCAUAAUACAAUUUAAAGUCGUAAACAUUAGUGACUAAAAAAUAACCUAAAUUAUUUGUGUUGUUGUAAUACAGUGAUAUAAGAGUACAUUACAUAAUUAUAUUGAUCGUUUUGUGCGAAAUUGUGUGCGUGCUGGGGAAUUGUUUUAAAUAAUGACUGUUUGCUGAAAAAUCGAUUGAGAAAAAUGUCUUUAAAGAAAGAAUCUCGUACAGAUGUGCAGUUCCAUCUGGCGGCGUUACGCGGAGACUGCGAGCGGCUGCGACAACUGCUUGACACGGGGAAGGUUCACAUCGAUUCGAGAGAUCGGGAUGGCACCACACCCCUAAUCCUUUCUGCCGCGAUGGGCCAUACGGAGUGUGUUAGAGAACUGCUCGCGCAAGGGGCAGACCCGGCCUGCAGUAGAACGACAGGAACGAGUGCGUUAUUCUUCGCGGCUCAGGGUGGGUUCCUCGACAUCGCGCGGCUACUGCUCGACGCGGGCGCCGGCAUCGACGCUCCGAGUACGGAUGGCGGGACCCCGUUGUUCGUGGCGUGCCAAUGCGGACAUCUGCCUGUCGUUGAAGAGCUGAUCGCGAGGGGAGCGAAUGUCAAUUCUGCCAUGAAGGACAAAGCCACCCCUCUCUUCAUAGCAGCUCAGAACGGCCACGAAGAAGUCUGCCGAACAUUACUCACAGCUGGCGCUAGAGUAGACUCCGCACGUGCCGACCGCGCCACUCCGUUGUGGAUAGCGGCGCAGUGCGGACACGACCAUGUCGCUAGGACAUUGCUAGCUGCCGGUGCGAGGGUCGACCAGAUACGACAGGAUGGAGCCACGCCGUUGUUUAAGGCGGCGCACAAGGGCCACGCGGCCGUCGUUGUUGAGCUGCUCAAGUACAGGCCCAAUCUCGGCCUGUUGCCAAACGGUCAAUCCGCGCUGCACGGCGCCGCCAUGUUCGGGCAGCUCUCGUGCGUGAAGCUGCUCGCGCGCCGCAGCGACCUGCGCCUGCGCAGCGCGGCCGGACUCACGCCGCUGCACGCCGCCCUAGCUGCCAGGAAAAACGAUGUGGCUGCUUAUUUGAAGAGGCUGGAUGGCUCGUAG